UGAGUCUCCUGUUUCCGAAUCCGUCAGGUGGCAGAGUCCUACUGCUGCUAGAUAAACACGAGGUCAUUGGAAAAAGCAUCGUAAUGGUGGUAGUUUAACAACAAUAAACUUUAUUUUUUUAAUGUCGGUGUUUGUGUUAUAUUCAUAUAAUGACAGGUUUAAAUGGGCAGUGAGAAGUUACAGGGAAAGUUCUGAGUAACGCAUCAGAAGCGCACGUGGGGCAGAUGCUGUGUGAAGCAGACUUGGUCGGCAGUUUCUGCGUCGUUACAGAAACACAGGAGGAAGUGUAAAAACGGAUGUAUGACAAUGGCCCAUGCUGUGUACGCUACCAGACACGGUUUGUUUUAUCCCCUCGCCUUUAGUUUGAUAUUUUAGCGGCAAGUAAGAGACACCGACUAACUUUUGCUCUGUUUGGAUUAUUCUGUGCGCGUUUUCUGGACCACAAUUGUGACUUUAUCUACAAGUGAGUGGAUAAGUAUUUGAGAAAAUAUGGGGACUCAGGGCACAGGACGGAAAAGAUCGACCAAGAAGGAGAGGACGACAGCGGAGGACGAUGCCCUAAAUCUCAUAGCGAGAGAGGCCGAGGCCAGGCUGGCAGCGAAGAGGGCAGCCAGGGCAGAGGCCAGAGAGAUCCGCAUGAAGGAGCUGGAGAGACAACAGAAAGAGAUCUUUCAGGUGCAGAAGAAAUAUUAUGGCUUGAACACCAAAGUAGAUGACCGAUCGGACAGCAAAUGGGGAGAUAUUGAACAAUGGAUGGAGGACAGUGAGAGAUACUCACGUUCUUCACGGACACAAACGCUCUCAGACGACGAUGAGCGGAUGUCAGUGGGGAGCCGGGGCAGUGUCAGGUCGGAUCUUGACGCAGUUGGGGCUUAUGGUGGAGGGGACUCCUCUCUCUCACAAAAGAAGUCAAAGAAAAAGAAGAAACAUAAGCACAAAGACAAAGAUGGAAACGGCAAUGAUGAUGAUUACAGUGUAAUAUCCAGCAGGAGCUCAAGACUCAGUGAUGAAAGCAGAGUGUCUCACUCCUCCAGGCUAGACCUAACGAGCUCCAGACUAAGUGAUGACACCCGGGUGUCUCGUGCCUCCAGAUUAGACCUGCAGCCGGCCUCGUAUGCUUCCUCUGACUUGUACAGCUUCAAUGGUCUGUCAUCUUCCAGAAACAAAGGUUCAUCUUACAAUGGUUACCAGAGCGCCUUAUAUGAAGACAGCGCGUCGCAGAGAGGCACUGGCUCCAGCUCUCGUCCUUUAGAGUACACUAGUUAUCGCAGCUCCGGAUCCAGAGUAUCCUCCAGGGCCGGUUCGGCCCGCGCCAGCCCAGUGGACAACUGCGGCUCUGUUGGCAGUUUUUUGAGGAGUGCGGCCAGUCGCAGUGGCCUCCACCGAGACCUGGACGAUGUUACUAUUCCUGACUUUCCUGAUGUGGAGGACAGAGAUUAUCUUGAGAAGGGAUCUCGAGCAGCUUCUGUCCUCACAGCAACAACCCUCACCUCCUUAGGGGGCACCUCCUCACGGAGAGGCAGUGGUGAGACGGCUAUAACUGUAGACGCAGAGACGUCUAUACGAGAAAUCAAGGAGAUUCAUGAACUGAAGGAUCAGAUUCAAGAUGUGGAAAGCAAGUACACGCAGAACCUAAAACAAGUCAAGGAUGCAUUAGGAGAAGUGGAGGAGAAGUAUCGUAAGGCCAUGGUGUCCAACGCCCAGCUGGACAACGAGAAGAACAACCUGAUGUACCAGGUGGACACGCUCAAGGACUCGCUCAUGGAGCUGGAGGAGCUGCUGUCUGAGUCACGCCGGGGAUACGAGGAGAAAGUCAAGGAAUGCGAGCGGGAGAAACAUGCCCACACUGUGCUUCAGUUCCAGUUCAGUGAAAUGAAAGAGACUCUAAAACAAAGUGAAGAGCUGCUAAAUGACAUCCGUCAGCUGCGUAUCAAACAGGAAGGUUUUGUUAGAGAAAUAUCCGACCUGCAGGAGACGGUGGAGUGGAAGGAUAAAAAGAUCGGGGCCUUAGAGCGACAGAAAGAAUACACAGAUGCAAUCCGACUGGAGCGAGAUGAGCUCAGAGAAGAGGUGGUGAACCUGAAAGACAUUCUGAAGAAACAUGGAAUAGUAUUGGGACAGGAUCUAAGCAUCAAUGGAGAGGGUGGUGAGACCGAGGUGGACGGGUCCCCCAGUGCGGACGCUGCUUCCCAACCGGCUCAGGAGUCACGCACCUCCCCACCGGAGGGGAACAGUAUGCUCGGCAACACAGAGGAGACUCAGUUGAGAAGUAGCGGCGAGGAAGAGGUGGAUCCAGAGAAGAAUCAAGAAACGUUUGAGGAAGCCAAAGAGAAUCACUUGAGCUUUGAUGCACUCUGCAAUGUCGCUGGCGUGUCCACACUGGAAACAUCUAGCGAAAAACAGCCAACAGAAGAACAGACGUGCUUAGAAGAAGACGCAGAAGAAGACAAUGUUGAAGAACGUGGCUUUAGCAAGGACUUAAAUGUUGACAUUAAUGACCAAUCAAUCACAGAGGACAAAGAUAUAAUUGUUUGCAGCCCUGAGCUUCAAGGGAAUGCAACAAGUUCUGAGGAAAAUGUUCCAGAAACAGAAACACCUGAGGGCAGAGAGUUAGGAGAGAACAGUAACCCAGAUUUAGGGGAGACGGGAACAAAGAGCAGUAGUGUUGACACACACAGUGAUGACAUUAGAGAGUCAUGUGACAACCUUUUUGAAGAGCAAGAGAACAAACUGAAAGAUGUAGAGGAAAGUCAGUUGAGAAAUACAGAAUCAUGUCCUCAGCAAAACGUUGCACAAGAUGUUUUGACAGAAAGUUUACCUGAUGAGUCCAUCCCCGCUGUGUCGAACACAGAACCCCAACAAGAGCCUGAGAAGGUCGAAGAGGCCGAGAACGACGAGGCAGAGGACGUAUCAAGUAAAUCUCAGCCUCAGGGCGCUGCUUCAGGGAAGAAAAAGAAAAGGAAGAGGAGAGGGAAAAAGAAAGGAGGAAGUCACGAAGAUAAGAACCAACAAAAAGAUGGAACAGAUAAAGAAAAGGGUGAAACAGAAGUAGACAUUGCAUCAGCUCCAAGAGAUAAUGGGCCAACAGCAGAACCUGAAAGUGAUGGUUCUGUCACUGAAACCCUCAAAGAAUCAAAAGUGGAUCAAGUUAAGAAUGAAGAGGACCGGCAAGAAGAUGGAGUAGAAGCAGUGAAAUGUACUGAAAUCUUUUCUCCCAAUGAAACUCUCAAAGAAUCAAGAAUGAAUCAUGUUACAGACGAGUGCAACAAGGAGCAAGCUUUGGAAACGGAGAACAUGGAAGAAGCAGAAGCAACUACUGAAACCUGUUCCAAUAUCGAAACUCCCAACAAAGUAAGGGUGGAUCAUGUUACAGAUGAACAGAACAAAGAAAAGAGUUUGGAAACCGUAGAGGCAGUGGCACUCGCUGAAACCUUUUGUCAUGUUGAAACUCUCACGGAAUCCAGAACAGAUCCCAGAAAGGCUGAGCAAGACAAGGAGCACACUUUAGAAACGGAGAAAGUAAAAGAAGUGGGAUCUAUAACAAGUCCUGUUCCAGAGACCAACCUCUGUACUUCUGAUCUUAUCGACGACUCCAAAGGUGCUGAGAGCACUGAGUGUACUUCCAGUGUUGAUAACUCUAAAAGUGAAAUGGACAGCGCAACUAAUGACAAUGUCAUCCAUACGGAGUCAGAAAUAGUUGAUAUUGCACAGAAUGAGGUUGGGUCUGUUAACGAGAUGAAACCUGAAUGCACAACUGUUAACCCUGAAGACACCUUUGCAACAAGAGGUAAGGAAAACACUGAAGCUGUUCCAAGCAAUGAUGACAUUGCUGCUGAUGAACCUGAAAAUAAGGAUAAAACGUCUGAGUCCCCGUCUUCUACUGACGGCUUCACCGACGCUCUCAUGAGCUCGUCUGGCUCAGAGCCGUCUGCAGCCGUGAACACAGGCAGCGAUGACACUCCCAUCAAGGUUUCUGAUGGAGGUCCAGAGGAAGCAACUGAGAGAGUCGAAGAUGACGAGGAGCCAGAGGCAGCGACUGAAGGUUUGGUAGAGCCAGACUGCUCCCAUGACGAAAAAAGCAACCGUCAUGACGAUCCAUCAUUAACGAAAAACACGGAUGUAUUUGACACUGUAAAGAGUCUGUUGGAAGCUGAAGCGCAGGCGAAACAACCGGAUGAUGUAGAAUGCCAGACAUCGCAGUGUGAGGAUCAGAUUGACGAAUCAAAUGCGGAAGUGUCAUCUGAAACAGAAGAGAUCAUUACCAUUGAUACACCAGACUCUCCAAAAGAAGCUACUGAAAGUGGAUCCUCUAUCAAGCAAGAGCACAGUACUGAAGAAUCAGCCGCCGCAGGAGAUCCAGAACAUAAAGAAAGUCAAAACAAUCAGCGAAGCGAGGCACAGCAACUACAUGGACCCAGCAAAGACAGGUCUGAGGAUAUCGAUUCAUGCGAUGAAGAGGACGGUGAAGAUGACGAAGGACAGUCUUUUGAUUUUGAUGAACUGGAUAUUGAGGCAGCUGUAGCAACAAGUCUCCCUAAAAAUCAACAACAGGAAGAAGUUGAAGACGGAGUUGAAGUCACGUCAGAUGAAAGCAACAAGGAGAGUUCGGGCCUGGAGACCAUGCCCCGAUGCAACCAAAGCUCUUUGGCUCAGGGGGACGCCAUGUCUGAACAAAGGGGACAUGCGCAGAAAAACAUGCCAGAGGAAACAGUAGGUGCAGCAGAUGAGUCCAGACACAUUGUAGAGGAAGGAAAGGUUCAGAGUGUUGGAGAGGUGGCUGGUGUUGUCGAGGACAUUAACCAGGCGAUGUCUCUGCCCGUAGAGGAAGGAUUAGAUGCCAUUAAGCAUGAGCUGCAGGGGGAAGAUUUAGAUUCACCAAAAAGUGCAGACCAAGUGGCCAUCAAUAAAGAGCCACAGCAGACAGGGAAGGAUGUGAGGAAGAACAGCAAGAAAGGCAAAGGCAAGGGCAAAGAGGAGUGUAAGAUGUCUUAGCUUUUGGAUGGUAUAUACAAUACAUAUAUAGCAUUUGAUCAGAUCUCUAUCAGUCUUUGCUUAGCUGUUUACAAAGUGGUCAAAUAAAUAUGUGCAGAACCCCACAGCACUUUGAUUCUUUACCGAAUAAGUUUGCAUAUUCUUUUUUUUUUUUUUAAGUAAAUCCAUGUUAACAGUCCAAGAUCCAACUUUUUUUAUUGAGGUUUUAUGUGCAAAAGAAAGUUUGUGGAGAGAUGAGAACGUAAACCGCUCGGUAACUGUAGCUUUAGCUAUCAGUCAAUACUGCACUUGCUAUAUCAGGUAACAUUAUUUUGUUAUUGAUGCACAUUUAUCAUGCUGCUUGUUAUGAGUCUUGGAUAUUAUUGCUGUGCACCUGUAUCGCACAACAUUUUCUCUCUCGCUACAAUUCCAGGAACUCGAGGAUUUAAUCAUUCCAUAGGUGUACAAUAAAAAAACACAGAUGUUAAUUGGUUAUUCCCAUUAAGACUCCAUCGAAGUAGCUUUUACAUGUUCUCGUUGUGUUGUUGAUGGUUAAAAUGCCCUGUUCUGUUCUCAGGGAUUAAUACAGCUGUUGUGUGAUGUAAACAAAGCCGUUUCCAUCUACAAGAAUAGAAAAUGAUCGAUAAAUGUAUGUUUGCAAUUUGUUGCACCUAAUGGAGAAGAUGACUGUGGUGCGUCCAUACUGAAAUGCCAAUAAACACCCUGCUGUUACCAA